AGGUUAGGACGGCGGCGCUACUGCCCAGAGCGAGGCGGCGAGGGCCGGCCUCCAGCCUAGGGCUGUUGCCGCUGUUCCUCCCCGCUCUGUCUCCCUGGCAGCUGUAGCCUCAGCCUCUCCCGAGCGCGGAAGGCGGGACUCUGGUGCCGAAGCUGCUUCCUGCUCCGCUGAGAAGCAGGGAAGAGCCCGCUGGUGCCAGCAGACGCGAGGGGCCGCCGCCAUGGCCUCGCUCUUUAAGAAGAAAACGGUGGACGAUAUAAUUAAAGAACAGAAUAGAGAGUUACGAGGUACACAGAGGGCCAUAGUCAGAGAUCGAGCAGCUUUGGAAAAACAGGAAAAGCAGCUGGAAUUGGAAAUAAAGAAAAUGGCUAAAACUGGAAACAAAGAAGCCUGUAAAGUUCUAGCCAAACAGCUAGUGCAGCUGAGAAAACAAAAAACUCGAACAUACGCAGUCAGUUCAAAAGUUACAUCCAUGUCUACUCAAACAAAACUGAUGAACUCUCAGAUGAAGAUGGCAGGAGCUAUGUCAACAACAGCAAAGACAAUGCAAGCUGUUAAUAAAAAGAUGGAUCCACAAAAGACACUGCAAACAAUGCAGAAUUUCCAGAAGGAAAACAUGAAAAUGGAAAUGACUGAAGAAAUGAUUAAUGAUACACUGGAUGACAUUUUCAACGAUUCUGAUGAAGAAGAAGAAAGCCAGGAUAUUGUGAACCAAGUCCUUGAUGAAAUUGGAAUUGAAAUAUCUGGAAAGAUGGCCAAGGCUCCAUCAGCUGCCAGAGGCAUGCCAUCUGCAUCAACAUCCCAAAGUGCCACAAUUUCAGAUGAAGAGAUUGAGCGGCAGCUCAAAGCCCUGGGAGUAGAUUAACCUGAUGGCGACAUGCAGCCUGCUUUUUGCAGUUACUCCAGUGUGGGAAUGUAUAUGAACUUCCAAUACAGAUUUCAAUAAAAACCAAAUUCCUCUUAUCUAUAUUGCCUCAGCUAUCACUGGUGACAAGAACUUCUAGAGGCAAUUGGAGAAACUAGACAUAAUCUAUUACAAGAGAACAGUACAGAAUGAGGAUCAUAUCAGAACAAUGUGCAUGAUGUAGAAGUUGUAUGCCUGACCAAAUUGGGUUGUGCUGUAAACAACAGUCUUAAUUUGGAUUGGUUGCAUUUAGCCUUUUCUACAAAAAUACCUUGCUUGAUCAGCACUCACCUUUAGAUUUCUAAACUUUUUGAAGUUAUUAUUAGCAGUCACUCUGAAGGCAAUGAAAGUAAAUUAAAAGUUUCUUGCAAAGAUAUUAAGUCCUCUUAAAGUAAUACAUUACUUUUAAAGUGAGACCACUUUUUUUCCUUUCAACUGGGAGGUGGCAUUUAUUUUUUUUUUCAGCUGAAGGAUGUAUUUUAACCAUUUAGGGAGUCUUUUUAUAAGCGCCUUCCUAGCAUGUUCAUAUCCAUUCAGCCUGGUUUGGGGAUAAUGUGUGUGUUUCUAAUUUAUUCUGAGUGCAAUGCUGCUAUUAUUAGUAGAACCUUCUUGAAAGCAAGGUUCUGUGCCAUCGGUAUUUUGGUAUAGCAGAUUGUCUGUAAGGAAAGUACUGAACAAACUCCAUUGUACUGUAACUUAGCUAACUUGAAGAGAAUUGUGUGCCUUUGUGUACAUAGCCCUUAUUUUUUUAUUAAGCUUUGAAUUGUGGAAAUUAAUGUUAAAGCCAUUCUCUCAACGUAUACAGCACUGAGUUACACAAGCUCAACAGCAAUUGCUGUGAAGUAUGUAAAUCUAAUGCCUGAAAAAGAUGCUCUUUCUUAAAAAGCAUGUGUACAUAUUGCUGUGCUUCAUUUUUUUCAUCAAAAAAGUGUUGUUUGAAAAAAUGCUUGAUUGUCUGUGGAAUAUUUGUUUGUUAAAUUGAUUUCUUGCACAUUAACAGGAGUGAUGAUUAUAUGUUUGCCUAUUUCAAGUUUAAUGGAUUUUCUUUGGAGUUUAAAAUUACACCGAAGAGUAAAAUAGUGGAUAUCUUGACGUAUUAUAGGAAAUAUAGUUCACUGAAACUCUAUAUAGUGAUAUUUACAGUAGGAUGUGAAAAUGAGGUUAUCCUCCUUUGAACUGCCAUGUGGAAAUAACUGAAACAUUGGAAAUGAUCAAGAAUGCAACUGUUGAUUAUCAUCAGCAAGAAGCACAGGAAAACUAUGAUCCUGGCCAUAUAUUGUGUUCAAGUAGGGCAUCAGCAGCAAGACUGAGAGCCUGGGACUCCAAUUCAGUAUAAUUAAGACUUGGCAAGAUAAACAGAAGGUCAGCAUAAUCUGCAAUACAUAUUUAAUUGGGUUUUGUAGUUUUACAGAAUGUGGCACUAUGGCUACUUAGGUGAAUCCUUGUUUUUAUGGACUUUCAAAAUAUGAAAUAAAGGCUUUUAAGUCCUCCA